AUGGCCGCGGCGAUGUGUGUUUGUCCAUGAGGCGGGGAGCGCGAGCUAUUUUCACGGACUGAACGACAGCAGCGAUGGCGGGUAUAUUCGAUAUCGAUUUGGAUCAGCCGGAGGAAAAUGUCUCCGACGAUGAGCUCGAGGAGACUCAGAUCAACGAUUUCAUGGACCAGUGCAGCGGCUUUGAAUUCAAUCUGGACGACUGUGAGAAAAUUGAGAUAUCUGAGGACAACGUCAAUCAAGGAACAGAGAACAUCAGGCCGGAGUGUUUUGAACUGCUGCGAGUGCUGGGAAAGGGCGGUUAUGGAAAGGUUUUUCAAGUUCGAAAAGUUGCUGGAGCAGCAUCAGGGAAGAUAUUUGCAAUGAAGGUUUUAAAGAAGGCUAUGAUUGUACGCAAUGCUAAGGACACUGCUCACACCAAGGCGGAGAGGAACAUCCUGGAGGAAGUGAAGCAUCCUUUCAUCGUGGAUCUCAUCUACGCCUUCCAGACGGGGGGAAAGCUGUACCUCAUCCUGGAGUACCUCAGCGGUGGAGAGCUGUUUAUGCAACUGGAAAGAGAGGGGAUAUUUAUGGAAGACACAGCCUGUUUUUACCUGGCAGAAAUCUCCAUGGCUCUGGGCCAUCUGCACCAGAAAGGCAUCAUCUAUAGAGACCUGAAGCCUGAAAACAUCAUGCUUAACAACCAAGGCCAUGUGAAAUUGACUGACUUUGGGCUGUGUAAAGAGUCCAUCCACGGCGGCACAGUCACCCAUACUUUCUGUGGCACCAUAGAGUACAUGGCCCCAGAGAUCCUGAUGAGAAGUGGACAUAACAGAGCAGUGGACUGGUGGAGUCUUGGAGCGCUUAUGUACGAUAUGCUGACUGGAGCGCCACCCUUCACUGGUGAAAACAGGAAGAAGACCAUUGACAAAAUCUUAAAAUGCAAGCUGAACCUCCCACCCUACCUCACACAAGAAGCCAGAGAUCUCCUGAAAAGGCUGCUAAAGAGAAAUGCCUCGUCAAGACUUGGAGCAGGGGCCGGAGAUGCUACAGAGGUGCAGGCUCAUCCCUUCUUCCGACACAUUAACUGGGAAGAGCUCCUGGCCAGGAAAGUGGAGCCUCCAUUCAAGCCUUUCCUGCAAUCCGCUGAAGAUGUGAGCCAGUUUGACUCUAAGUUCACCAGCCAGACACCAGUAGACAGCCCAGAUGACUCCACGCUGAGUGAAAGCGCUAACCAAGCCUUUCUGGGCUUUACGUAUGUUGCUCCAUCAGUACUUGAAAACGUCAAGGAAAAAUUCUCAUUUGAGCCAAAAAUCCGCUCACCCCGACGGUUUUUGGGGAGCCCAAGAACACCAGUCAGCCCUUUCAAGUUCUCUGCUGGUGACAUGUGGCCCCGGGGCCCCUUGAUGCCCGGCGGAUCCUCUCUAUGUCUCCAGUCGCCCCAGGAGCAGGUCAUGGAGGUGUCCGCCUCAGAACAGAUGGAAGUGCAGGCCAGCUCUGAGGCCUCUGCGCCCCUUCCCAUCCGCCAACCUUCGGGAGCCAACCUGUCCCAGUUCAAACAACAGGCCUACCCUGUCAUGGCCAAGCGGCCCGAGCAUCUACGCAUUAACCUAUGACCAGCAGCUCAUCUUAGAGGAUUUUAUUUUUUCUUUGUUGAUAUUUCUUCUCUUAUUUUUUAUUUUUUAAAUAUAAAGACACUAGAGACUAUGAAACAUUACAUUUCAGUUCUACACACCAUCACUACCUGAAGUCUCCCUCAGGCUUUCACCUCCAGUGUGCUGCAGCUGAGCUCGGCGGACUGGGCCACUCCCUCAGGUCCCCUUGACCUCUUCACCCUGACCCCUAGCAGGACUGGACCAGCGGGCCGGGGCAUCACUUUGAAUCUUUAACUUGUUUUUAUUACUCCAUCCUACCACAAAAAAAGGAAUGAGAACAUGUAUAAAAUGUGCAGUAUAUAAAAUAUCAUGCAAAGUGCUUCUUGUUUGAUGAUUGAAUGCUUAUGACGAAUUAAUUGCUUCCACUGAACACUUGGGAGAUUUGACAGUAUUUCUUGAAGAUUACUUCCUGGCUCGGAAUGAAAUCAUGAAUUAUUGUUAAUUGAAAAUAUGAUUGGGAGGGUUAUCAAUAAGCUGAGGUUCUGAACAUAGCUUUGUCUUAAUACAAAAUAAAUGCAUAUACUGUGCUAUAUCAAUGAUGGAUCAAUUCAUGAGGGCCUCAAUAAAAACAAAUGUUUACUUUUUA